UGCCCCCUCUCUUGGACCAAAAACAAAAGAAACAGCUGAGGACGAAGCUGAAAAGCGGAGCAGUGGAGGUCUCUGAAUGAAGAAGAUGGCUCGCAGCAUCUCCUACAUAACUGGUUCCCAGCUCCUCUCUCUCAGACGCCAGCCCAAUAUUGCCAUUAUCGAUGUCAGGGACGACGAACGGAGUUAUGAUGGACACAUAGCCGGGUCUCUUCAUUUCGCAAGCGACUCUUUCUCGGAAAACAUCUCGAAUCUCGUUCAACAAGUCAAAGGCAAAGACACCCUUGUCUUCCACUGUGCUCUAAGUCAGGUUCGCGGCCCAACAUGUGCUCGAAGGUUAGCCAAUUAUCUUGAGGACUUUAAAGAAGAUCCCGGAAUAAAGAACAUUAUGGUCCUGGAGCGUGGCUUCAAUGGCUGGGAAGCUUCUGGAAGGCCUGUCUGUCGCUGCAGUGAUGUUCAUUGCAAGGGUGAGGGUGCUUGAUGGAAGCAUGAUAUGAUGGUCACGUUCACAAAUGAAUAAUAUGAUCACAUUGUCACUUUACUGUGAAAGACAGUACUAUAUGUUUGUGAGGUAUUUAUUCCUGGAGAUGUCGUAUUAUGCAUCUGAGGGAAUGAAUUAAAAAGCCAUUUCCUUUGAUAUGUACUCGAUUUGGGCUUAGGGGCCUUGACAUUAAAUGCUAGAAAAUUCUGCUCUAGCGUAAAAGUUUUUGUAUAUUUUUGUUUCUUAAAAUUACUGACUUCAGUCUAAAA